AUGGCUAAAGUCAAGGCUAAGGAACUGCGAGGCAAGAAGAAGGAAGAGCUUCUGAAGCAACUUGAUGAUUUGAAAAAGGAGUUGCAAAUCUUGCGUGUGGCUAAAGUGACAGGGGGUGCUGCAGCUAAGCUGGGCAAGAUCUACACAGUACGAAAGUCUGUUGCCCGCGUGCUCACAGUCAUCAAACAGACACAGAAAGACAACUUGCGCAAAUUUUACCGCAAGAAAACCCACAAGCCCAAGGAUCUCCGCCAGAAGAAGACCAGGGCCCUGCGCCGUGCUCUCACACCGUAUGAGUUGUCCCUGAAGAGCAAGAAGGAGCUGAGGAAACAGCGACUUUACCCUCUGAGGAAAUAUGCUGUCAAAGAAUAA